AUGCCCACGACUGUGCGCUCGCCCUUCUGUCCCCAAAUGAAUAAUCCUGCACGACUAACCAGCCGCAGCUUAAGGGCGCGCGAUGACCGUUCGGCCUGGGUUCCUCGAAUAACGCGCGUCCCGUGCAUAACCAUGGUUCAUGUCUGCGAAGAACCCGAGACGUCAACACAGGUGGCUAAAAGUACACAAAGCCCCUCACGCCCUGCUUUCGCACUCUUCCCUCGUGUUCUCGAACUCGGCGCAAGCUUGCAAGGAGACGGAGUAGGAUUCGCCGCUGUUUGGGACAACGCACGGGUACUGCCGCCGGGAGUCACACGCGCCAUCGCAACUAUGCACGUCACGAGACCUUUUUCAGGGGAGAUUGUUUUCCUUACGCAUCGAGACGUCUGCGCUACCACCUCCGCCAAUGGCCUUCCCAAAACAGAGAAACUCCCUGUUUCCGCACAGCCUCCGGGCGCCGGCAAGACGUACCUGGUGAAGCAGAUGAGCAACGUGUGCGAGAUGCCGCUGUACGGCGUGCACACGCACCAGGUGCGGGGGGCGGCGCAGACCAGGAAGCUGUUCGAGCAGGCGAGGGACAACUACCCGUCGCUGGUGUUCAUGGACGACGUGGACGCCAUCUUCGCCAACCACGACGAGGAGCCGCCUUGCACAACCUACGUGCAGGCCAUCCGCGACGAGCUGUUCGCGCAGCUGGGGCCUCGCAAGCUCAAGAUUGUGGACCCGAAGUCGUCGAAGAACCCGACGGGCAGCGCGCUCCCCUCGCCCUCCUGCUCGUCCUCGGGCCGCGGGGUCAACGGCGUCGGCGGCGGGAGCAGCAGGGCCUCCAGCAGGGCGUCGACCAUGUCCCGGCCACGCCCCUCGCUCUCCCGACGAAGUGAGGACGCGUACCCCGAGGACGAGGACUCGCCCUACCCUGACAACAACGGCAUCAUCGUCGUCGCGGCCACGAGCGCCCCCUGGCUGCUCUACAAGGACCAUGAACUGCUCAGUCGGUUUCGCGGAGUGUACCUCGUGGGUCUCCCGGACAAGCAGGCCAGAUACAACCUCCUCACGACGCUCUUCCAAGACGUCCACCACAGCCUCAGCGACAAGGACAUCAUGACGGUGGCAGAAAAGACAGAAGGGUUCACCGCGCCCGCUGACCUCAUGGUGGUGGUCAAGACCCUCACGUACCGCCAGUUCUCGUACCUCCUGUCCAUGACCUCCCCGCACGUCGGGUCCGUCGACGGGAGCUCCAGCGAACUCGGGUCUUCGGGCUCGAGGACUCCGCUGUCGUCGGAAAUGUCGGAGUCCGGCUCUGAGUCGGACCUCGACGGCCUUCCGGAGUCGGAGAGCCACAUGAAGCGCGGCGUGGUGUCGGUCGCCGCCGUGGCCGCAGCCGUCGCCGCCGCCAGCGGGGCCGUGCCCAAGAAGGACCUGAAGCCCGCGGCGGCGCCCAGCAAGAAGGGGCCAGCGACGCCGCCCGCGUGCGUCACGUCCCUCUGCAAGGACUGGGACUCCGACGAGGACGAGCACACGGAAGGCCCCCACGACUCGCCCGAGAGUCAGCGGGACGAGAAGAAAAUAGCAUCCAACGACCCCCAGGCGCCGACGAGAGUCCUGGAGGAGUCGCUGCUGGCGCGGAAGGGGAGCAGCUCGGCGUCCCCAGGCGGCAAGCAGGGCGACGAGGGCUCCGUGCCGUCCCCGGACUCCGCGAUCGGCAUGUCCAAGAGCAGCGAGGAGGUGGACGCCCCGGCGAGACUAGCGGAGCAGGACGACGCGCCCGACCGACGGACGCCCUCGGAGAGCAGUAGUAGUGGAGUGACCUCUUCAGGCUGUGAUAGUAGUGAUAGCAGUGCAAUAGUUGACGAGGGAGUCGGGGAAGCCGGCGACCACGCCCCUUCUGCCAAAAGUGACAGUGAACCGAAGGCGGAGGAGGACGCAGGCGCCCUCGGAGGCUCAAGGGAAGGGCGGGAAGGCGGGGAGGAAACGGCUGAAAAGGACAGCUUAGUGGUAGAGGAGGAGGGGGACAUGGAACCCAGUAGUGAAGGUGCUCACUGUGAUAAUGACAAGGAAGAGGAUGUGAACACGACAGAAAACUCUGGAAACUGUGACAAUGACGAUGGCCGGGUCGGAACCCCCGCCGAGUUCGAGUUGCAUUACAGUGAACCCCCAGAGCCCAUGCGGGAUGACAACUGUGCCAUUGACAGUGACAGUGACAAUGACGUAGUGGAGACCCCUCGCUCAAGGGGCGGGCGCCGCGUGGCAUUUUCGGGCAUGUCUCCCAUGGAGCCUCUGUCCGUGGACGUCGGCGACAACUGCGGACCGCCCAACAUUUCCCUAGACGACAUUCCACCGAACAUCUCGCUGGCGCCGUCCAACCUGCCGGAGCCCAUGCUGGCGGACGACCGUCGCCAGGAGUCGGCGCCGAACGCCAUCCUGCUGAGCCUGCUGUCCCGUCCCACCGGCUCCGCCCGCAGCGAGCGCCGCGACCGCCACCUGGACGAGCCCUCGGAGCUGGCCUCCCUCCUGCACCCAGACCACGACCUCGACGUCAACAAGACCUCGACGCCCAUCGAGCCGAUGGGGCCCCUCACGCCCACACCCAACCUGUCUCCAACCCCAACGCCGACGCCCAGCGAAGGGUCCAGUCACAAUGGCACCGUUGGAAGCUCAGGGAGUGGCACUCACGCCUCGGGCAGAUCCACAAGCAGCGAGGUACGCAAGAAAGAUGAUAGUGACUCCUCCUUCGACCACAGUGAUACCCACACCGUCCCCUCUUCAGACAUCUCCACUGCCACGUGUAAUGAAACAGGAGAGACCAUGGAAUGCAGAACAGAUUCUGAAGAAAGGUUACAAGGGCUGGAGGACGGGCACAAUCGAGCAGACAGCGACCGUGGCAGUGAGUACGACACCCCGACGGAGGCCAAGGCUGUGGGAGGAGGAGGAGGUGGAGGUCUGAACUCUCUCCUCAGCGAUUUUGGGGAGAUCAGCAUUCAGUUGAUCAGCCUGGCUGAUGUUCUUGAGGUGGUCGCAAAGGGCUACAGGAGUGUUUCAGACGAAGAGAUCAAGCGAUACACAGACUUCAUGGUUUGGUUCUCGAAUGUAGCUAAGUCUGCUUGUCCGCAUUCUAAAGACGGUUCCCAUAAAGCCAACGCCCCUCCACUUGACGACAUCAGCGUCGACUCAACCAUAUAUGACACACCGAGCAUUGCCAAGAAGCGAAAAGGACCCCUUCGCAAGUUGGGCAGAUUCCUCCUCAAAGCCUUGAUGUUCAUCCUUGAUUGAGAGGGACAUCCUUUACAUGAAAUGAUGGUAUUUUUCUGCGCUCAGGAUUCGUAUAAGAGACUUUUUUUUUAUUACAUGUAUACAUAUCCUAGUCUUUCGUUAGACUUUUUUAUUUAUCGUAUUGGAUUUUAUCGAGGACCAAAUUGUUAGUUUUUUUAUGCAGGGAGAAAAUUAUUUGACUACUAUUGCAAUCACUUUCCUCAAAAAGUGCAUUUACACUAAUCUGGUCAUUUGGAAGGUAUGUAACUUUCUUCCAUGUUAGGUAAUAAUGCAGAUACAGGAGUCAAUAUGUCUGAUGAUCAGACAAUAUCAACAAAAUCAAUUAGUUUUUUUGUUUUUGUUUUUUGUCUUAUUUAUUUUAUUAUUUCUGAUGGUGAAGGCCAUAGUAGCAGUUAGGCAUGAAGAAGCCUUGAAAUAAAUGCCUUCUAAUAAGAGGAAAGAGGAAUAAAAGAACUUUGGUCUUCAUGUAUAUAUACAAGAUUUUGUCACAAAAUGCAAAGGAGUUGGACGAUGGUUGUAGAUCUUAUGAAAUGCCUCCAGAACGUAGAUGGAGACAGUGUGAGACAAUCAAAUAUUGCAAUUUUGACGUCAUAAGGAGAAGAUACUUUCUCUUCCGUUUCAUUUUAUGUGUUGGAGAAGCCCAAUUGUAUAAUGGUCGACUACUCUACAUGCUGAAUAUAGAAAAUGACAUGGCUCGGGUUCCUCACGUCUUUCCCAGCGAGUGAGAAAACUAGGUAGUGGAUGUCAGUUAAUGAUACUAGUAGCUGCAUCACAGAUUUUGAAACCAUGGUCACAAUACAGCGGCUUUUUUUCCUUUCUUUUUUUUUUUUUUGUAUUUAUUUUAUUUUAUUUUAUUUUUUAUUUUAUUUUAUUAUUUUUAUUUAUUUAUUUAUUUUUUUUCUUUUUUUUUCUUUUUACAAUUGCAUAAUUUCCCUUACAGUAAGUGGUUUGGGUAGUCGAGCCAAUAUAGUGUAUAUAAUUGAUAGAUUUUUGGUCAUGUGAAUAGCCUAAGUUACGAGACGAAGUUAAUUAGGUGAAUAUAUAUUUAAAAUAUAUAAAAAAAAACAAACAUUGGGAUCUUGCUUGCUUCUGCUUGUUGAUAGCAGUCAACCAGGGUUAUUUUUUCCCCUUCAUUGUGACAGUCUGCUUUUACAUAUAUUUUUCUAUUGUAAUUUUGUACUGCAGAUUAAAAAGAUUAUUCCAAGUGACAUGCAAUAAUGCAUAUUUCAAGCAUUCAGAAACCCAGACAUUCCCAGUGGAAUCAAUAUUAUUAUAUAAUAUAUCACAUUUAUAUAUAUCACUUACAGUUCUGUUGUACUUUAGUGAACUAGUAAGGCAGUUAGAAAUUGAUCAUUCAUUGUUAUUCAGGUCUAGCUAAUACAACAAGGCAAUGACAUACAUGUAUUACUAUUAUAACAAUUUAUAUAGAAUGACUUGUCUAUCAUCACUUUGAUCUUUAGUUUUUAUGUCCUUUGUAGGUGUGUGAUAGGAUGAUGUAUUCAGUAAACAAUGUUUUUAUAGCAGUGUGAUGGUGUAGUAACAUUUGUUACCACUGUUCUAGGAAAAGAGGAAAUACCUUCUUUUCAUCUUAUUUAUCAUAUUUUUAUAAUUUUAUAAAAAUGAAUUUGAUAUUUCCAUCAUGCAAUUUUGGGCUUUAAAAUUAUGAGUAGGACUUUACUGUAAAGUCCUGUUUUCAUCAUAGAAAAGAUACUGAACAAAAUUACCAAAUAUGUAUCUUCCAUGGUUUGUAUAAAAAAUAAAUAAAAUAAAAAAACAAUAUGUCACAAAGUAGGGUUGCACAUUGUUGAUUUAUUUCCCAUUUUUAUAUCACUAUAUCCAAGAAAUAUUGGAUAAAAAAUUACCCAUCUCUUUCUAAGUUCCUGCUAGUGUCACAAAUGCAAAAGAAAAGUUUGAGGUUAAUGUCUCCCAAAAGAAAUUUCACAGGAUGAACAUACCUUAUCAUUUUUUUUCUUUCUUUUUUUUAAGAACUAGCUCAAUUUUUUCUCCCUUUUUUAACAUAAAUUUAUAGGAUGCUUCUUGCACUUUUUUUUUUUUUACCCUUCAACCUUUCUUCCCUUUUACUACACAAAGGGUUUUCAUAGCGAGCGUUCGUGCUGCAUUAAAAGAGUCGCUGGAGACAUUGUUUGAUUAUAGCUGAACAAGUCUACUGGAAUAUUUUUCAAAAUGGUUUCCUUUCAUAAGAUUGGAAUUGUUUAGUAUAUUAGAAAUGAUAAAAUAUACAGAUGCAUUAUGAAA